AUGUCCUAGAGAAGGAAAUUCGAUAGAAUAAGAAGAAAAAAAUCAUCAACAAAUUACAAUAAUAGGUUGACAAACCUGCUUAUGAACUCUGCUGAAAGAAUUCCACCUGACUAAAUAUUACAUCAAAAUUAGUAUUUUGAGAGCCAAGACUUUAAUUAUCCAAAGCCAAUUCCUAGAAAAUCAAAUCCAGUCUUAUAAGAGUAAAUUCUUAUUCGUUCAAGAUCACCUCUUGAAUAGUCAAAUGCCUAUAAAACUCUUAAUUACUAAGCAGGUUAUGAUAGUUAACCUAGCUAUACUUAGUUUAGUAGGGUUCCAUAAAGCAAGCCACCUUUACCUAAUUAAUAAAUCAAAAUGAACAAUGACUAUUUAAGAGAUGAUAUUGAAGAUUACAUUAAUGAGAAAAGUAGACAACUAGCGAUGAAUGAAAGCAAAAAUAAAAGCAUUUCUCCAACAAGAUAGGAGAAAUUGUUUGAUACCCUUAAGGAAAAACUAAGGUCCUAUUAAAGGGUAGAGAUAACUACAUCUACAAAUAAAUUAAGGACAUAAAAUAUAGGGCAAGCAUAGGAACUUAAUUCUCAUCAAAAUAAUGUUAACUUCAAAAUUUCAAGACCUAAUUUUAGACUUGAUCCUUAAACAGUAGUUGAUUAAAUUCGUAAGCGCCAGUUUCGUGAUAAAUAUCUUUAAAUGCAUAUGAAGAAAGAGCAAGAAAAAGUUUCAAAUCCUGCGAAUACUUCAGCAAAUAAAGGAAGUGACCAAAGUUUAUCUAAAAGUAAUUCGAAAUCCCCCAAUAAAUUUAAUCCUAAUAUUAAAAACAGAGAAUUUCCUUUAAAACGAUUUCUAAAGGAUUCAAGUAUUAAAGAAAUACUGAAUCAAAAGAAAUUAGAAGCUGGUGAUUCAGCAAACAAAAUUACUGUGGUAAAUGAGAAAUAAAAUUAGCAAGCUGAAAUUAAAGAUACCAAAAAAGUCUAGAAUGCUUAAGAUGAACUUCGAAGAGUAUUGCAAUAAGCAAAAGAGGAGAAAUUGAGGAAAGAAAAAGAGAUGAAAGAAUUACAAGAAAAAUAGUUAUAGCAGGAUAAAAUUAUAGAUACUCUGCAAGAUAAUCAAUAAGAAGAAAUAAACAAUAAUAGAUCAAGACUUAAUGGAUAAAAUAGAUUAGCACAAAAAACUUUAGCCUAAAGAAUCAAAGUCCCUGAGAUAAGGUUAAAUUAACGAUCAGAAAAGUCAAUAAUGGAAGAAUAAAAGGUCAAAGAAUCUUAAAAGUAACUGAGAGAAGCUUUAAAAGAAGCAAAAAGACUUAAGGAGUUAAAAUAAAAAGAAAAAAAUGACUUUGAUUAGGAUGAAGAGUUCAGAAAACUCUCAGAGGAUCUCAAUGCAGAAAAAGCCAAAAUAUUUAUAGAGAAUUUCUUUAGACAAUAAUUCGCCCCAUUAGCUCACCAAAAUAAAAAAGAUUUCCUUGAAUCACCUUAACACAAAUAGUCAUCUAAUUUAUUUUAGAAACUACUCUAAACCAAACAGUUUUCCCCUUCUCAUGCUAAUAAGAUGCUUACUGUAAUUAAAGAUGCAUUGAAGCUCAAGAUUAAUGAGUUACAGACUUAGCUGAGGAAACAGAAGACAAGGCAAGAACUUGAAUUGUAAGAAUAGGAUAGAAAAUUUAAGCAAUAACUAAAUAAGUAAGUCCUUGAACUUGAAAAUUUGCUUCAUUAGUUGGAUAAUCCUAUGCUAAAUCUGAGUGGAAAUGAAAAGGGUACAAUGUUUAAUCUUGACAACAUAUCAUUUAAAGGUCAAGAGUUUGAUGCAAUAGGAUAGGCUAAUAGCAGAAUAAAUAAUAAUACAAAUUAAAAUGAAAACGAGGAAAUUGAUAACACUCUAAACUUAAGUAUUAGAACCACUUAAAAAGAUUCGAUUAUGUUUAAUAAUAAAUUUCACUCAAGAAUUUAAUCCUAGACAGAGCUAAAAGAUAUAAAGGGCAGAGUAAUUAGAUAAGAUGGCUAAUUUUCUAAAAUUAACUUAAAUGAGCACAAGAACUAAACGAAUCAAGCAUUAAAUCCUCAAUAUGAUUGGAAUACAGAAUCAAAAGCAAGGAGACAUCAUCAAAAGGAAAAUCAAUAGGAGAAUAGCAUGAUUAAAAAAGAAUCAAACACAUCUAUGAAAGAGGAUGAUAAGAAUCUUUAAUCACCAAACAAAAAGUACUUUGAACAUAGAGUUCAACAUUCAGGGCCAUAGACUAAAUUUAAGAGAAAGUUAAAGUAAUUGCUGAAUAUUGAGGGUCAUCCUAUUGUUGGCCUUGAUGAAGAAGAUGAUAAGAAGAAAUAGAGAAGAAAUAGAGGCAGAAUGACAGAGCAUAGCAGCAAUCAAGAAGCUUGGAAGCAUGUUUAUCCUUAAUAGUAUUCAAAAUACUCUGAAGCUUAAACCACUUGA